CAUAUUUCAUUUGAACAAUGGAAGGAAUUAAUUCCCUAUUUUGACAUUUACAGAUUGAGAAAUUAUUCGAGAAUUUUCAGAAUUAAAGUUUGUUUACUAAUUAAAUAAAUUCGCAUUAUACUUGGGGUACACCUUAGUGAAAUAAAAUCAUGGUAGAUUACAGCAAGUGGAAAAAUAUUGAGGUAUCAGACGAUGAAGACGAGACGCAUCCAAACAUUGAUACUCCUUCGCUUUUCCGCUGGAGGCAUCAGGCCAGAGUUGAACGUAUGGAAGAAAUGGAGAAAGAACGAGAAAAACAUGAAAAAUUGAAAGUUGCCAAUGCAAAGAAACUGAAGGAAAUUAGGCAAAAAUUAGAUGAAUUAAAAAUGGAAAAUGCUGAUGCAAAAGACUUGGAAAAACAACUAAGAGAAUUAGAACUUGAAAAAGAAAAGUUGCUUAAGGAAGAAGAGGAGUUGAAGAAGAAAGAGAAGCGGACUCCAUGGAAUGUAGAUACUAUAAGUAAACCUGGUUUUACUAAAACAAUUGUGAACAAAAGCCCAAACAGGCCCAAGGAAGACAACUUGAGUGAAGAAGAAAAAGAGGAGAGAAUGAAGAAAUUUAUUAAAGAAAAUGAAAAGGACCUUAAACACUUUGGCAUGCUUAGGAAAUAUGAUGAUUCCAAAUUGUUUCUAAAGCAACAUCCACAUUUAGUGUGUGAAAAUACCGCUAAUUAUUUAGUCAUAUGGUGUAUAAAUUUGGAAAUGGAAGAAAAACAUGAUUUGAUGAAUCAUGUGGCACACCAAACAAUUUGCAUGCAAUAUAUUUUGGAGUUUGCUAAACAACUUGAUUAUGAUCCCAGGGCUUGUGUUGAUGCAUUCUUUACAAAAAUUCAAGUGGCUGAAAUUGAAUAUCGGCAAUCAUUUGAUGAUGAACUUUCAGAAUUCAAAGAAAGAAUAAGAAAAAGGGCAGCAGAAAAGAUCGAAGCAGCUAUGAAGAAGGUUGAAGAACAGGAGAGGCAACAUCGGUUAGGGCCUGGUGGGCUUGAUCCUGUCGAAGUGUUUGAAUCCUUGCCAAAAGAACUUCAAAAAUGCUUUGAGUCACAAGACAUUGCUCUACUUCAAGAAACUAUAAGCGCGCUAGAUAAAGAGGAAGCGAAGUACCACAUGCAAAGGUGCAUUGAUUCUGGUUUGUGGAUUCCUGAUGCCAAAAAAAAACAGGAGGAACAAGAAGAGGCACAGCACGAGCAACUUUCAUCUGUAUCUUAAUAUAUAACAUAUAUAAACAAAUAUUUUUUAUGGUAGAAUAUAAAUUUUUGUUUCAAUCCUGUAUCAAUAUAUGUUUCAAUGUUAAUUAAUCAAUAAAAAGAAGCACUGAAUUUAUGAAAAUUUAUAUUU